AUGUAUGCUCGUUUCAUGUCAGACAACAGCAUCAAAGAGGAAAUGCUGUUCUGUCAUUCCCUGGAAACUUCUAUGACAGCAAUAGAUUUAUUCCAACUUGGUAUCGAACUUCGAGGAAAAUCAACUUUCGUGAGACUUGCUGGAUGGGCAUCCAAAACUCUACCUGCUGAAAUGAGGGAUGUCCUAAACCUGACCAUCAAGGUAGUUAACUUCAUCAAAGCUGGAGCCUUAAACAGUCGCAUUAUCAAACAACUGUGUAAAGACAUGGAAUCUGACCAUCAAGCCUUGCUUUCCCAUACAAAUCCGGCUUUAGCUUACUUUGUGGACAUCUUCGAAGCACUGAAGGCCAUCAACCUAAAACUGCAAGGGAAGAACAUCAACAACGUAAUGCAGUACGACGCCGUUCGAGCCUUCUUGGCCAAACUCGACCUCUGGAAAUGUCGAAUUGAGGAUAGAAACAGUCAGUUUUGCAAACUUGGAUUCCGCUCUCCAACAUAG